UCGUCUAGAACGCAGCAAUAAUUAAACUAAUGGAAAAAAAGAUUGUUAAUCAAAAGGCGACCAGAGAGCUGUUAUUGUUUGACAGACAAUCCACAUACACUAGAAAUCGUCUGCAAUCAUGUGACUGGAAUAUCCGGUGUAAACACAUUAUUAUUUCCGUUACAAUGGAAGCUGUUGUUGGUGAGGUUGUUACACCAGAAGAUCUGGAGAAAUUCGAGAAGAAAUACAAGGCAGAGUUAUCAAAGGGGUCUGUGUCUAAAGAUACGCAGUUCGAGUAUGCGUGGUGUUUGAUCAGGAGCAGAGAGUCGGAGGACAUCAAGAAGGGAAUAGUGCUGCUCGAUGAACUUAUUCAUAAAGGCACCAAAGAUGACCAGCGGGAUUAUCUGUUUUACCUUGCUGUAGCCAACUACAAGCUCAAGGAAUAUGAGAAAGCUCUGAAAUACAUCAGGACUUUACUGAAAAAUGAACCUGGAAAUUCUCAAGCGUUAGAUCUGGAGAAAUUCAUUAAUAAAAACAUGAAGAAAGAUGGGCUGAUUGGAAUGGCAAUUGUUGGUGGCAUUGGUCUGGGUUUGGCUGGAUUGGCUGGUCUCAUUGGUUUAGCUGUGGCUAAGAAAUCUGCAUAAGAGGAUGAGCUAAGCCAAUUCUUAAUGCCUUAAUCCUUGUUUUGGGUGUAGAACGGAUGCAGAAAGGCCUGCUAAAUAUCAGUCAUCCUGACACUGACAGAGAAUAAGGUGCCUUACAAGCUUCCUCCAGUUAAAGCCAGAAAAAUCUCACACUUACAGCAUAAUGCUAAACAGAGCGGCACCUGUUCACAUCACUCUUAUGAAAAGAAAAGGAACUCCAACAAUAUUUAUUUCUGUCACAAGUUUAAAGGGGCUUUAUAAUAUAUAUUAGAUGUUAAAACAUUUUUACUGUUUUAGCUAAAUUAUUCUUUGUAAUUGUAAUAUACCCUUACUGAACACACAAAAAUGUGUAUAUACAUGCAUCAGUGGGUGUUUGUUAGGUACAUAUUAAGGCAUUUCAAGUAAAAAUGGAAAAUGUAUUGUUUAAUAUAUAAUUUGCUUAAAAAAAAUGCUCUUUUUACUUAACCAUUACCAUGAGGUUUGUGUGUGUGUGUGUGUGUGUGUGUGUGUGUGUGUGUGUGUGUGUGUGUGUGUGUGUGUGUGUGUGUGUGUGUGUGUGUGUGUGUGUGUGUGUGUGUGACAAAAAAAAAAACUUUGUUACUUUUUUAUUGAACAGAUUCUAAGGCAAUUUGGAAUAGCAUUUCUUUCUGAUGUUAGAACCAGAAGAAAGCUUUCAGCUUAGACCAAAUAUUAUAGCUAUAAAAGUGUGCCAUUUCUAAGUAUCUAGUAAUCUGUGUGUAUAAGUACAGAAGACAAUAGAGAGUACAGAGGCUGACUGAUAUAAAAUGUUAUUGUUAAAAAGGUGUUUUUUUUGUUGUUGUUGUUGUUGGAAACAUUUGAAUGCAAAGUUUAAAGGCAUAAAUGUUUUCUUUUGUGUUUUCAUUUUUGCACUAAAGGCCCAAAGAAAAUAGAUUGCUUCAUGGUGGGUUGUGUUGCACUGAGAUUAUCUGACUGAUUUAUUUUGAUUUUGUUGUCUGUUUUUAUUUCAACAGUGCUUAUUGCCAACUUUGAACAUAGGCUGCAAAUAAAACUAAACCGCAUUGUG